UGUUGUGUACUUUGCCCAUCCUCCCACAACCUUCGAUUCAAUUGCGCAGGGGUUUUUAGCGAUCGGACAGCUUAUCUCGGAUCACGUCCCUCGUCCCUAGAGCCACAUCAUACCCGAGAAGGAGAGAGACUGGGGUGACCUCUCAACGGGAGGGGUUUAUUAGUGAGAUUCGGUUACUAUCUAGCGGCUAAGUGACACCCGGCGCUUGUUGGGACCCGAUUGACUGGGAAGCUUCAAGUGUUACUUCCAGCAGCUCCCUGUAUCGCAUCGUGGGUCUUGCGCAGGCCCGCUUAGAAGACGGUGUGUAACUGAAACAAUCACCUUUGACGGAAGUUUAUGGUAGGGUUUGCCUCGCUGAGGAACCACUCGCAACCAUGACACCCACUCCGCCAUCCACCUCGUCAAGCGUUGGCGCAUUUUCACCCGAAGGACAGUACAGGGUCAUCCGAAAGAGAAAUCGGGUACCGCUUUCAUGUGGUCCCUGCCGACAUAGGAAACUUAAAUGUAACCGUGCUCACCCAUGCGAGAACUGCGUGAAACGAGGGGAUGCUACUUCGUGCACUUACGCCCAAGCGAAUACUCGAAAGAGGAACGCCCCACAACGAGCAUCGCCCAGCUCCCCAGAUGAUAUGCAGAAUAGGAUAGACCGGCUGGAAAGCUUGGUUUUGUCGUUGAUGACCAAUGGAUCACAGGCAGCCGGCCCCGCUGCGGCUAUGGCAGCAAUCUCUGGCAACAGCAGCAGUAUUGGCUCUGCCCAACAUACAACGGAUCUGGAUGUGGACGUGGAUGAAGAUGCCUCGGGUGGUCCUGAGGAGAGCGAUACAGAACAAGUGACAAAAUCAUUUGGAGUAAUGAAAGUUGACAAUAAUAAAUCAUAUUAUUUCAGCGAAGCGCAUUGGGCAUCCGUUCUUAACGACAUUGCCGAAGUGCGUAAUUACUUCACUACCCAUAAGAAACAGUAUGAGGAACACGCGGAGAAGCUCAAAGCAACUAGGCUGCCGACGGACGUGCCAGGAUCUACAUUGCUCUUCGGUGCUAUGAAAACAACUAGCCGUGCGGAGAUUAUGUCUUCGCUUCCUUCGAAAUAUACGACAGAUAUCUUAGUUGCUCGGUAUUUUGGCAGCUAUGACCCGUCAACCAAUAUUCUCCAUGGAUCUACAUUCCAGGCACAGUAUAACAAACACUGGGAAGAUCCAUCACAGACGUGUAUUGUCUGGAUUGGCAUGCUUUGCGCAAUUAUGCGACUUGCCAUGCUGUCGUAUCAUCGAGAGGGAGACGAACCACCGGAGUUUCGAGGGAAGACACUCGAUAUGGCAGGCACCUUCCGGAAUUUAAUGGCGCAGUGUUUGACACUGGCAGAUUACACCAAGCCUUAUCCGUCCCUGAUUGAAUCUCUGAUCUUCCACCUUCAUGGAGAUUGGAUACAAACAAAAGAUGCAGAUGUGUCCGUUUGGGUACUCGUCGGUGUGAUUGCGAGGUUGGCUAUGAGAAUGGGUUACCAUCGCGACUCAAAGAUGUUCCCUAAUAUUACACCUUUCCAAGGUGAAAUGCGCCGACGUGUAUGGACAAUUGUGCGGCAAUACGAUUUAAUGUUUUCGUUCCAAGUGGGCUUGCCCAGCAUGAUCCGCUCUUCUGAUAGUGAUACGGAAUUUCCACGGAACUUGUAUGACGAUGACUUCGACGAGGGCUGCAAGGAGCUUCCUCCCUCGCGCCCGCCAAAUGAACCCACGCCUAUCUCAUGUUUGAUAGCAAAAGGUCGCUUAGCAUAUGCUUUCGGCCGAGUUAUCGAACAUACGUCUUCCAUACAAACUCCAUCUUACGAUAAGGUAAUGGAGAUUGACGCCGAACUUCGCCGAGCGAGAGAUUUGGUCCCGGAACAUCUUCUUGUCCGCCCUGUUGAAGAAGUCCAGAUGGAGUCCCCGAAAUUGAUCAUGUCGCGAUAUGCUACAAUGAGCGUGUAUCACAAAGCUCAGUGUGUUCUCCACCGACGAUACCUUGUUCGAGCACGUGAAAACCCUCGAUUUACAUACUCACGGAGAACAUGUAUUGACUCUGCUAUGGAGUUACUUCGAUUUCAAUCAAUGCUGCACGCUGAAACCACUACGCGUUUCCAAAAUAAGCAUGACAAGCUUUCUGCACUUGUCUCUACGGACUUUUUACUCGCUGCAACUAUCGUUUCUAUUGACCUCUACCAUGGACACCAAUUGCAAUCAGGUGGCCGAGCGUCCGGCGACACGUACGCUUGGGGAAGGGAGCGACGCGAGGAAAUGAUAGCGGCAAUACAGCGCUCUAAGGAGAUCUGGGAUGAACUUCGUGAUGAUGCUCUGGAGGCUUGGAAAGCUUCGGGGGCCCUCGGAGUGAUGCUUGCCAGGCUAAACUUGGGCUAUUCCGAAAACAAUCCUGUUGCCCCUACCUUCGAGCCUCAGGAUGAGAAGCAAAGUGCCGCUAUGACAUUGGGCCUUCUCAGCAGUGGAAUGAGCCCUAUGAAUCCAGCUCCUCCUGUCUUUGGUGAUGGUAGUAUCAAAAUGGGAGAAACACCGCUUCCAACUCAAGGUGGAUUUGGAACGACUCCAGAAAUACCAGGAGCUCCUUCACCUUUGAGUGCUAUGUUUGGGCAGAUGCCGGAUAUGCAACUCAAUCUGGAUUGGGAUACUUGGGAUAACUAUAUUCAGAAUGCAUCACUCGAUGCCUCGAACCAGUGGUGGCCAACAAUGGACCCGCAACAGCAGCAGCCGCAACAACAGCCGCAACCCCAGAAUCCUUUGGAUUCUGCCAAUUUACCAUCAGUACAGAAUGGUGCUGCGGAUAAGAUGCGCUCAUUACCUCCUUUUUCCAACGUCUUCUACCCUGAACCUAACGCUUAUGAUAACAACUCCCCACCCAAUAAUGCGGCCCCUCGCUAAACUAGUUCAUGCUGUGCUCUCUCGGAUUUUACCCGUUUUUAUUGAUGAGGAUUGAAGGGAAUCAUGUUAAUGUGGUCAUGGAGGUUUGGCCAGUCCUAGAGUGUAAAAUAUCAUACUGGCGAGUUUGGCUGGAUGCCUAUUCUAUUUGUGUUGUCGAAUUUCUUAUGCCAAAAUGCUUCGAGGAAUCUACCUGGCGUAGAUAAUCAAUAUUACUGGUGCCAACAUAUAUAUAGUUCUUUUUGCACUCCACUCUACUUAAUAGAAUCUAUGUCCUAGCGAAAGACUGAACUUUUUGUUUUGCA